AAAAAAACUGAUAUAAACUGUUUUCUGUGAAAAAAAGGGGUAAUCAAAUAAAAUGGAGACAGCUAGGCUUUUCAAAUUAGUGUGUGUGUUUUGUAUUGCCAGUUUGAUUCCGACCAUACGAGCCAAUGUUGCUGAUGAGACCGAUGAGUAUUGGGUAAAUAAGGCCAAUGAAGCUCGUAAACAUACCCUUAUGGCUUAUCAUCCCGACCCUUAUGAAAUCGUCGACCACUUCCACGAGCGUCAUUACGACAACUCGACUGAUGUCGAGGGGACCGAGGAAGAGAAGGCGGUCGCUUCCGAGGAAGAAGACGUCAUUGAGAUGAUUUCUAGUCCGACAAACAGUACAAGGCGGAGCCUAACCGGUAGGGGGAAGGGAAAAGGAAAAGGAAAAUGGAGCAAGCUAAAGGGACCUUGCACCGCAAGCAACCCGAUUGAUAAAUGCUGGCGUUGCCAACCCGAUUGGGCCAGACGUCGCAAGAAGCUCGUUCAUUGUGUCCGUGGGUUUGGUUACAGGACCACAGGAGGCAAACGCGGCCGCAUAUAUGUGGUCACGAGCCCUAGAGACGAUGAUACGGUGAACCCUAGACCUGGAACACUACGUCACGCUGUGAUCCAGAAAGAACCUCUAUGGAUCAUUUUUAAGAACGAUAUGAGCAUUAGGUUAAACCAAGAGCUGAUGAUUGCUAGUCACAAGACAAUCGAUGCUCGUGGCGCUAACGUGCACAUCGCAUAUGGUGCCGGUAUUACGAUGCAGUAUGUGCACAAUAUCAUCAUCCAUGGGCUUCACAUCCACCACAUCGUGCAAAGCAGUGGUGGUAUGAUAAGAGAUUCGAUUGACCACUUUGGGCAAAGAGGACGGGCUGAUGGAGAUGGUAUCUCUAUCUUCGGGGCAACAAACAUUUGGCUUGACCACAUUUCUAUGUCUAAAUGCCAAGAUGGCCUCAUCGACGCUAUAAUGGGUUCCACCGCAAUCACCAUCUCUAACUCUCAUUUCACCCACCACAACGAUGUGAUGUUGCUUGGUGCACAAGACAACAACAUGGAUGACAAGAAGAUGCAAGUCACAGUGGCUUACAACCAUUUCGGUAAAGGACUUGUCCAGAGGAUGCCUAGGAUCCGAUGGGGUUUCGUCCAUGUUGUCAACAAUGACUACACUCAUUGGGAGCUUUACGCGAUCGGUGGUAGCCAAGGUCCUACCAUUCUCAGCCAUGGAAACCGUUUCAUCGCUCCUCCUCACAAACAACACUACAGAGAGGUGACAAAGAGGGAUUAUGCUUCAGAAAGUGAAUGGAAAAACUGGAACUGGAGAUCCGAGAAAGAUGUAUUCAUGAACAAUGCAUAUUUCAGACAAUCUGGAAAUCCUCAUUUCAAGUGUUCGCACUCUAGGCAACAGAUGAUUAAGCCCAAACAUGGACUCUUGGUUAGUGUCUCACUCGCUGACAACAACGAAGAGAAAUCGACUGAUCUGAAGAAAGUCAAAGGAGGAGUAACCGAUCGCUCGAUUAGUAAGGUAAAUGAUGAUGAUCACGACGAUGAUAAUGAUGGAGACGAUGACCAUGACGAUGAUAAUGAAGAUCACGAUGACCAUGACGAUGAUAAUGAUCAUGACAAUGAUAAUAAUGAUCAUGAUCAUGAUGAUGAUGGAGACGAUGACCAUGAUGAUGAUGAUGAUGAUAAAGAUGAUGACGAUGACAAAAAGAAGACGUUGGGGGUACACGAGCUAAAGAAGGGGAAUCUAACGGUCAAAUUUACAAACCGGGGUGCUUCUAUCAUGUCUCUCCUUUUCCCCAAUAAAAAUGGAAAAAUAGAGGACAUUGUUCUUGGAUAUGACAGCGUCAAUGACUACAUGAAUGAUACGGUAUUUUGUGGAGUGACGUUGGCACGUGUAGCCAAUCAAAGGGAAAAGACCGUUGCAAACGAUGGCAAACAUGGUGUGACGAAAGAGUCUGGCGAUGUGAUUUGGACAGUUAAGAAACACAACCAUAAUGGCAAAAAACCUUAUAUUGUCUUCAGAUACACAAGUCCUGAUGACGAUCAUCAAGAGAAACUUGAAGUCACUGUGACGUAUAAGCUGAUAGGAGAUAACAAAUUGAAAAUGGUGAUGGAAGCAAAGGCUAAAGAGAACGCAACUCCGGUGAAUUUGGUUCAUCGUUCUUAUUGGAAUCUUGGUGGUCAUAACAAUGAAGAUAUCUUGUCUGAAGAAAUUCAAAUCCUCGGUUCCGGUUAUGCUCACCUCGACGAUAAUCUCACUCCAACCGGAAAAAUCCUCGCCGUUAAAGGAACACCGUACGAUUUUCGCCAACUCCGACCUAUUAAAGACAACAUCAAUGAGCUUAAGACAGGAGCGAGAAACGUAGCUAUGAUCACGAAACCUCUAGACAUUAACAAUCUUGAAGCCGAUUCAAAGAUGUUGAAGCAAUUCACUGGUUUUGAUCCAUUUGGAAGAUUUCGAGUGGAAUCGGAAGCGAAUUUAGGACUUGGAGGUGUAAAAAUCAUGGCAAAGAUCUCCUUCGUGCUUUUCGCUGUGGCCCUUAUCGCCUUUCUCCAUGCUUAUGAAGCUCGCAAAGUGGUCAAUUUCGGUGAAGCAUUUGAAAAAGACUUGCAAAAAGCCGAGGCCAUGAUCGCGGAAGAAGUAAAGGCCAAGAAAACGAACAUUCAAGGUUUGACAUCAGAGGUGAAAACGUUGAGCAAAUCUGAAGUAAUGUUGAAGGACCUUGGAAAUGCUUACAAGAAGGAUAUGGACUUAAGGCCUUACGAAAAGAAACUCAAAAACUUCAGCAGGGUUGUAGCCGUCAAGAAAGCACCUGUGAAAAACAACAAGAAGCCUGUAUCCAUAAUCCAAUCGAUUUUGAAGGACUUCGGAUUAAACGGAGGGAGGGACUGACAAAAAAACUAUUAAUAUUAUCUAAUUAGGGUAUGAUUAAUGUUUUGAUGUGUACUUUAAAAGAGGUUUCGACUUGGCCAUGGAGUUUAGCUUUACAAGUGAGAGGAGUGAAUAACUCCCCCAUAGUAUA